AACGACCAUUUGCUGAGUUUUGAACAGUUGCUGAGUAAAUACAAAACAAAGGCAAAUGCAAAAAAUCCCCGUGCAUCAGAAGGGCUAACCAAUGAAGACGCAGCACUACGAAUCAACGAUCUAGGUGCCAAUAAGUCUACUUCACCAAAACGAGUCCCACUGCACGUCAAAUUUAUGGAGUGCUUGACCAGUUUAUUCAACAUUCUACUAUUCUUUUCUGGUGCUGUUUAUCUUGUUUUAUAUGCUAUCAAUCCAACAAAUAAUUUUGAAAGUGUUUGGAUCGGCUGCACGCUCAUUGCAGUAGCAUUCAUUUAUGCCGGAAUCGAGUUUUAUGAAUUACAAAAAAUCUCUGCUAUUUUGGAAUCUUUCAAGCUCAUGAUCCCUGCUCAAACAUGUGUUAUUCGAUCCAGCAAAAGAAUCAUGAUUGAAUCAACACUUCUUGUACCAGGCGACAUCAUUAUUCUACAAAGUGGUGAUAAAGUACCUGCUGAUGCAAUUCUAUUUUAUUCUACCGAUAUGCAAGUUGAUAUAUCAAGUCUCACGGGAGAAAGUGAGCCACUUUCCCGUACUCCCAAGCUUGAAGGAUGUCCUGAAGGCACAGAUCCACUCGAUGCUCCUCAAAUUUUAUUUAGUACAGAUCUAAUCGUAUCUGGCGAAGGAUAUGCGCUUGUUGUUCAGACUGGAAAACACUCCAUUAUUGGAAAAAUUAGUAGACUUACACAGCUUGAUAAACCAAGAAAAUCGCCGCUAUCCAUUGAAAUUAGGCGAUUUUGUAAAACCAUUUCAAUCCUUGCUGGAAUUACUGCAGUACUCUUUUUUUUCGUAGCACUCCUUCGUGGCAGAAAUUUCACUUAUGCUGCGACAUUCAGUAUUGGUAUCCUGUUGGCAUGGGUUCCACAAGGACUUCCACUUACCGUUACAAUGGUUCUUGCAAUUUCUGGAAGACGGAUGGCUGAUCAAAAGGUUCUUGUCAAAGACCUGCACGGAGUAGAGACACUGGGUGGGAUUACCAUGCUGGCAACUGACAAAACUGGCACGCUCACAAAGAAUGAAAUGACUGUGAUGGAUAUGUGGACAAAUGGGACGCUUUUUUAUGCUGGUCCCGGCGGUGCAAAAAAUGCACCUAAAGGAAGUCGUGUCAUGCGUCUUGAUGAAAGUGGUGUAGCUCAGAUUCUUCAUGUAUGCGUGACCUGCAGUCGAGCACGGUUUGAAAACCAAGAGGGAAAAGUUGCAGAUCGAACCAUUAUUGGCGACGCAACAGAAACCGGUCUUCUUCGAUUUGCUGGUGAAAAGCUUGCUAAUAUUGACAAGUUGCCAGAAAUAUAUCCCAAAAUGCUCGAGAUCCCAUUCACAUCAGAAACCAAAACAUACAUUUCAAUUCAUCGAAAAUCGCAUUCACAUGGUGGGUUGACACUACAUAUGAAAGGAGCACCAGAGCUAGUAUGGGAAGCGUGCACGACAAUUUGGGCAGACGGAAAGGCACAGAAAAUUGACGAAGUUUGGCGUCUUAAAUAUGCUGCAGCAAUGGAGACUUUGACUCGAAAAGGAAGUAGAGUAUUGGGAAUUGCCAUGUUGCAAUUGCAUGGAGACAAGUAUCCAGAUAACUGGAAAUUCAGUGUCGAGAAAAAAAACUAUCCUACGACGGAGCUCACUUUUCUUGGUUUAAUUGGUAUGGAGGAUCCACCAAAAGAUGGUGUGGCCGAAGCAAUUGCUACCAUGCGAACUGCUGGGAUAAAAGUAGUCAUGAUUACUGGUGAUAAUCCAAAAACAGCCGAGGCAAUUUCUCGUAAAAUCAAUCUUGUUACCAUGUCUACACUCCAAAAAAUUAAUGGACCUGAAAAUUUACCAAUUAAAAGUCCGUCAGGCAAAGAAGCCAUUAUUGUGUCUGGCCGAAUGAUUCGACAUCUAGGUGACGAUGAUUGGUUAAAUAUCAUGAGCUAUGAUGAAAUCAUUUUUGCACGGACUCUUCCAUCGGAUAAGUUGGAUAUAGUUAAACGUGCGCAAUCCAUUGGUCACAUUGUAGCAGUGACAGGAGAUGGCGUCAAUGAUAGUGCUGCUUUGAAAAAGGCAGACCUUGGAAUUGCCAUGAACAAAACAGGCUGCGACAUUAGCAAAGAAAGUGCCAAAAUGAUUCUUUUGGAUGAUAAUUUUGCAAGCACCGUGCGUGGUAUUCAAGAAGGUCGCCUCAUCUUCAUUAAUCUAAAAAAAGCCAUUCGAUACUCUCUUACACACAUUUUGCCGGAAGUGAUUCCUUAUCUUUUAUACGUAGUUGUUCCAAUUCCGCUGGCUUUGACACCUCCACAGAUUCUUGCCGUGGAUCUUGGGUUUGAACUUAUGAUGACCAUGUCUUUUGCGUGGGAGCCGGCGGAAGAUAUAUCUCAGCUUAUGUCAAUGCCGCCACGAUGUCCUGUAACCACACAAUCGGCCUUUGCAAUGCACAAUAUUAUGAAGCGUCGUCAAGAUAUAUAUACGUCUAGUAGUUUUAACAUCAAUUCAUCAGUCAGCAAAAGUAACCUUUAUCAAUCCAGUAUUAAUAUGGUUAGUAUGGAUCAGCAGAUUAAAAAGAAAAAAACAAAUCGCAUUGCUCAAUACGAGGACUGGCGCGAAUUGACUGCGGCUCGCAAGCACAAUGAUCGACUUGUUGAUAGCGAAGUGCUCAUGUACUCGUAUUUAGAGGCUGGACUGAUUGAGUUUGCCGGUGCAUUAACAACUUACUUUGCUGUGUUUUGGUUUUCGUUUGGUGUAAGCUCGGCCGAUGCACGUCAAGGUCAGAUUUACGGAAAUCGUCAAUGGAAACCUCACAGUCCAUCACUAAUUCUUGAAAGUGGAGUAGAAUUUUUUGGACCAGAGCAAUUCGAGGCACUCAAGCAAGUGCAAAGUGUUUAUUACUUGUCGAUAUUUAUCAUUCAAAUCUGGAAUUUGUUUGCAUGCAAAUCACGUUACACACUUCCUUUCCGCAGAAAUGUGUUUUCAAACAAAAACACAUGGUUUUCAAUUUUAGCUGGUACUUUUUUUGCAGGGAUUAUUGUUUAUACUCCAAUUACCAACGCUUUGUUUUUAACGUCCAUGUAUUUGGAUCCAAUAUUUUUGCUUAUCCCAAUGUCAUUUGGAGCAUUCUUAUAUUUUUACGCAACAUUAAAGCUUAUUUUAACUAAAUAUGGUAAGCUGUAA